AUGCCGGCAGUUUACGGAGCCAGAUUGACCACAUUUGAGGAUUCGGAGAAAGAGAGCGAAUAUGGAUAUGUUCGCAAGGUGUCUGGACCAGUGGUUGUUGCAGAUGGAAUGGCUGGUGCUGCCAUGUAUGAAUUAGUUCGUGUUGGGCAUGAUAAUCUGAUUGGUGAAAUUAUUCGGUUGGAAGGAGACUCUGCGACAAUCCAAGUUUAUGAAGAAACGGCUGGCCUGACAGUGAAUGAUCCUGUUCUGCGGACACACAAGCCUCUGUCAGUGGAGUUAGGACCAGGAAUAUUGGGAAAUAUUUUCGAUGGCAUUCAGAGGCCUUUGAAAACUAUUGCUAAAAGAUCUGGUGAUGUAUAUAUCCCUCGUGGAGUCUCGGUCCCUGCUCUUGACAAAGAUACUCUUUGGGAUUUUCAGCCUAAAAAAAUAGGUGAGGGGGACCUUCUAACUGGUGGAGACCUAUAUGCUACUGUCUUUGAAAACAGUUUGAUUCAACACCAUGUUGCCCUUCCACCUGAUGCAAUGGGAAAAAUCACUUACAUUGCCCCCCCCGGUCAAUAUUCAUUGAAGGAUACUGUGCUAGAGCUUGAGUUUCAAGGUGUCAAAAAGCAAUUAACCAUGCUACAGACUUGGCCUGUACGUACCCCAAGACCUGUUGCAACAAAGCUUGCUGCAGAUACCCCUCUGCUUACUGGGCAGCGUGUUCUUGAUGCCCUUUUCCCCUCGGUUCUCGGUGGAACUUGUGCUAUUCCUGGUGCAUUUGGCUGUGGUAAAACUGUGAUUAGUCAAGCACUUUCUAAGUACUCUAAUUCUGAUGCUGUUGUCUAUGUUGGUUGUGGGGAACGAGGAAAUGAAAUGGCUGAGGUUCUUAUGGAUUUCCCUCAAUUGACAAUGACAUUGCCUGAUGGUCGUGAAGAAUCUGUCAUGAAGCGUACAACACUUGUGGCUAACACUUCUAACAUGCCUGUGGCUGCCCGUGAAGCCUCAAUUUAUACGGGAAUCACUAUAGCUGAAUAUUUCAGAGAUAUGGGCUACAAUGUUAGUAUGAUGGCAGAUUCAACAUCUCGUUGGGCAGAAGCAUUGCGUGAAAUUUCUGGACGGCUGGCAGAAAUGCCUGCUGAUAGUGGAUAUCCUGCUUAUCUGGCAGCAAGAUUAGCCUCUUUCUAUGAACGUGCGGGUAAAGUUAAAUGCCUUGGUGGGCCAGAACGUACUGGCAGUGUCACAAUUGUUGGUGCUGUUUCUCCUCCUGGAGGAGAUUUCUCCGAUCCUGUGACAUCUGCAACCCUAAGUAUUGUCCAGGUUUUCUGGGGUCUUGACAAGAAACUUGCUCAGAGGAAGCAUUUCCCUUCUGUCAACUGGCUUAUUUCAUACUCGAAGUACUCAGGGGCUUUGGAAUCUUUCUAUGAGAAAUUUGAUCAAGAUUUUAUCAGCAUUAGGACAAAGGCACGAGAGGUGCUUCAGAGGGAAGAUGAUCUGAAUGAAAUUGUCCAGCUUGUGGGAAAGGAUGCUUUAGCUGAAACAGAUAAGAUCACUCUAGAAACUGCUAAGCUUUUAAGGGAAGAUUAUCUUGCUCAGAAUGCAUUUACUCCAUAUGACAAGUUCUGCCCCUUUUACAAGUCUGUUUGGAUGAUGCGCAACAUUAUUCAUUUCAAUACUUUGGCCAACCAGGCAGUAGAGAAAGCAGCUGGGAUGGAUGGUCAGAAGAUAACUUACAGUCUUAUCAAGCAUCGUCUGGGGGAUCUCUUUUAUCGAUUAGUGUCACAAAAAUUUGAAGACCCAGCAGAAGGAGAAGAAGCUCUUGUGGCAAAAUUCAAAAAGCUUUAUGAGGAUCUGACAGCUGGUUUCCGUGCAUUGGAGGAUGAGACUAGGUGAAUGUAAGUUUUUUCAAGAUUCGAUAUUUCCUGGUCCUAGUCCAAGUUUCGGUAGUUGGGGGUAAAAUCACUAGGGCUCUCUCUGUUUGGUUGUAUGAAAAUUCGGUCUUGGUAGACGCAUGUGUUGUGCUGCGUUGUAGCUUUUGUUGGCCUGAAGUCUUUAGAGUGCUAUAGCCAUGAAUUCAUUAUGUAUUAUUGUCUGCCCUAACCUUUUCAGCGGCAGGAGAACCAUAUUUAUGUAUUUAUGCAAUAAGAUGUGUAUUUUUCCUAUGUUUUAGGCUGGGAAAAUGAGACUAAUAAGAUGUGUAUUCAGUAGGAUGCGCUUAUUGCCUUUUAGCAUCACAUUUUGUCUUCGCUGAGCUGCCAAUUGGGGCUUCUGCUUUUGCUAUUGAUAUGUGAUUUACAUGCCA